CUAUGCGCCUACAGUGUCUGUCAUUACACUACACAACAUGUACACGGUGCUCCGAACAUUCACGUAUUUAGUUUGUUGCUAAUCAAAUUGAAAUUGAACCAGAGGUCAACAAUCUUUAUUAAAACAACUGUGAAAUAUUCAAACAAGUGAUGGAAAAUGUGCCGUACUUGUGAUUUGACGUUGUUUUAAAGUGUUAUAUCACAAUUAGAUAUAAGUUUUGUUUGAAGAAAUGUGAUUAGUGAUUCUGAACUGAAAAUGUCGAAUGUUGAAACAAAUAAAGUCCCCCCUGAUGGGGGUUAUGGAUGGGUCGUGACUAUAGCUUACGCUAUGAACAAUGUGGUUGUGCUACCCUUAAUCGCAGGAUUCGCUUUGGUGUUGAACGAGACUGACCUAACAGCUACACAAGUAACCUUUGUAAUUGUAUUAAACCACAGCAUUGGAAUGCUCUUGUCAUUUUUCGGAGGACCCAUGUUAAGUCGUUUUGGGUACAGAAAGGUUGCCGUAUUGGGUGCAAUAUGUAUAUCGGGUGGCCUCAUGAUCAUGGCUGCAGCUACAGAAUUCUGGCAGUUUAUUUUAUCUUACAGUAUUAUAUGUUCAAUGGGCGUAGCUGCAAUAAUGGCAGCCUUCACUUUAGCAAUAAAUUCAUUCUUCAAAGAUAAACGAGGAAGAGCCGUCGGCGUGGGCAUGUCUAUAACAGGGUUAGGAUCUAUAUACAUGCCCUUACUUAUGAGCUUCUUGAUGUACACGUACGGAUGGAGAUAUGCAGUAUUAAUUAUAAGCGCAAUUUGUCUCCACUCACUAGUAGCAGCAUGCUUACUUAGGCCUGCUAAGUGGUACUUAAAGGACCCACCAACAUCAGAAGAAGCGAUGCCCCUUAAUAAUGAACCAAAGCCAGAUCUCCCUAACGGCAGUAUAACUCCUUCAUCUAAGGCUGUUGGUAUCGCUUCACUACCACUCUUAGAAGGAUCUGGGGAAAACGGUGUGCUCCCAUCAAAGAGUUUAUCCAUGAGAUCUCUAAAUAGUAAUUCAAGCUUGAAAGCCAGAAAUGCCAUAUCGCACCCAGAUAUACUAAACAAACAACAAGACGUACCAUUGUCAGAAGCACGAUACAAGUGGUGGGAGUCUCAAGAAAUAAACCUCAGCAGUUCAAUUAAUAUAUUUAAUGAAGCUGAAAAUCUGAAAACCAAUAAUACUCAAGAAAAAGAAGUGGUUAAGGAAAAAGAAAAAAAGGGUUAUUUCGAACAUUUCGUCCAGUUCUUUGACCUAACACUUCUGAAAGACCCUAUAUUUGUAAACAUUGUGUUUGGUCUGUCAAUAGCUGCUUGUGUAGAAACGAAUUUUUCAUUGUUGCUGCCUAUUAUUCUCAAAGACAUGAUGAAGUUUGAAACAAGUGAUAUAGCAAAACUAAUGUCAGUCAUUGGUUUCUCGGACACGCUAUUUCGAUUUGUGUCCCCAUUCAUUGGUGAAUGGUGCAAUAAGUCACCGAGGAUCAUGUACAUGGUCAGCUUACUUAUGAUUAUCUUCACCAGAAGUAUGAUGCUGUUCACAUCAUCCUUCAUGGGCAUGCUGUUCGUGUCCCUAGCACUAGGAAUAACCAAGGCUAUGAGAACAGUGUACGUGAACAUCGUGAUACCUAACUACGUGCCCAUCCAUAGACUGGCUUUCGCGUCCGGGAUACAAAUGUUCUUCAGCGGAAUUACUAUCUUCACUAUCGGAACUUUAUUGACUCGUGUUCGCGAGGCUUCUGGGUCAUACAUAAUGCCGAUCAUCGUGCUGAACUUCGUGACAUUCAUCACCAUCAUAUCUUGGAGUGCAGAGUUCAUCUACUUCAGGUUAAAAGACCGAAAACAGCAGGUGGUAGACCAAAAUGAACAACCUGCAGCAUAGUACCUUAUCCUUCUGCCUUUGUACAAUUAUAGCUUAAGUAUAUUUUAUUUUACAGAA